AUGCCCACGUCGCGCUUCACAAGUUCAAACACUACCAACUACACUCAUUUGACUUCGGAGAGCCAGUCAUUCGUUAUGAAACUCAUCCUCAGUGUUGCCUUAGGGCUGACCUCGUCGGUUCUGGCUUUGCCUUUCGGACAUGAAGACUUCAAGCCCGAGGACAUAAUCGAAAAAGACGUUGUCAUCCUUGGCGGAGGUGCGGCCGGCUCGUAUGCUGCAGUGCGCCUUCUCGAUGCUGGAAAGAGUGUUGUCGUGAUUGAAAAGGAAGACCAUCUCGGCGGCCACGUCAACACUUACUCCGCACCCAACUUCCCCUUUGGACUCGACUUUGGUGUCAUCGCCUACCUUGAGCUCCCCGGAGUCGUCGAUUUCUUUAAACGUUUUGACAUUGAACUCUUCCCGGCGCCCAACCCGGGCUUCGAGACGCACUACGUCGACUUCAGCACCGGCAAGCCCGUCACCUCCGGUAACCAGGCCACCGCCGCAGCCAACCCACAGGCCGUGCAGCAAGCGCUUGGCACCUACGGACAGCUGGCGGCCAAGUACAUCAACUACACCUUCCCCUCGCUGGGCCAGCUUCCCAUCGGCGCCAUCCCCGAGGACCUGGCGCUGCCGUUUGGCGAGUUCGUCGCCAAGUACAAGCUGGAAGCCGCGCUGCCGACCAUCUGGGGCUUCGUCAGCUACACGGGCGACGUGCUGCGCGAAUCGACGGCCUACAUCCUCAACCAGUUCAGCGCGGUGCACCUCAACGCGACGGCCAACAGCGGCCUGCUGCUGCCGACGACGAUGAACAACAGCAUUCUGUAUGAGCGCAUCGCCAAGCACCUCGGCCCCACCGACGUCCUCUACUCCACCCAGGUCGCCUUCGCGGAGCGCGACGACAACUGCGUUUCCCUCAUCGUCAAGGUCAACGGCUGCGAAAACAAGCUCAUCAAGGCCAAGAAGCUCCUCGUGACCGCCCCGCCGCUCGCAUCCGGCCUCGCGCCGCUGCAGCUCGACGCGGCGGAGCUGGACGUCUUCACGCGCUGGGCCUACCGCUCGGCCUACGUCGGCGUGCUGAACAACACCGGCCUGCGCGACAACCUCGACGUCGUCAACGCCCCGCCGGACGCGUCCGCCGGCGUGCUCAACCUGCCCGGCCAGAAGGGCGAGUCGUUCGUCUGGAACGUCAUCUACUCGGGCAUGCUGCCCGGCGUGUUCCGCACCAACGUCGUCGGCGACGAGAAGCUGGAACCGGAGGGCGCCAAGAAGAUGGUGGCCGAUGCCGUGGCGAAGUUCGCCGAGACGGGCGCGCUGAAUGCGACCAAGGAGAAGCUGGAGUGGCUGGAUUUCGGCAACCACAAGCCCCUGCAGAUGCGCGGCAAGUGGGCGGAUGUGGCGCAGGGCUUUUACCAGAAGGCGUUUGCGCUGAACGGUAAGAGGAGCACGUACUAUGCGGGUGCGGCGUGGGUGAGCGAUUAUACCAGCGUGCACUGGACCUACUUGGAGAGCACGAUUCUUCCUAUGAUUCUGAAGGCCCUGGGUUAG